AUGCAAACCAAUGAGGAGCAGAAUACUCAACAGCAGCAAGAACCUGUUGGCCCAAGGUAUGAAGCUAAUACAACUCAGCAGGUAGGUCAUCCAUGGAGUACUGGACUAUUUGACUGCCAUGAAAACCAAACUAACGCUGUUAUGACAGCAUUUUUGCCUUGUGUAACAUUUGGGCAGAUAUCAGAAGUAAUGGAUGUUGGAGAACUCAGUUGUCCUUUGGGAAGCUUCAUUUACCUGCUAAUGAUGCCGGCUUUGUGCACUCAAUGGAUUAUGGGAUCAAAGUACAGAACAAAGUUAAGGAAAAAGUAUGAUUUGGUGGAAGCUCCUUAUUCAGAUAUAAUUUCUCAUAUCUUUUGUCCAUGUUGUUCUCUAUGUCAAGAGUUCAGAGAGCUUCAAAUUAGAGGACUUGAUCCUGCUCUUGGGUGGAACGGUAUUCUUGCAACACAGAGAAGUGAUCAAACAUCGAGGAAUCCUCCCUCAAACCAAUCCAUGUCUAUGUGA